AUGCCGCGCAGUCGCAACUACAACCAGCCAGGGCAGUACCGGGGGGUAAGAAAGCGCGGGGAAUUCCGUUACGUUGCAGAGAUCAAAGACACCAAGAAAGGGGUCCGCAGGUGGCUGGGCACGUUCCGUUCCGCAGAGGAGGCCGCUCGUGCGUUUGAUGAAGCUGCUUUGAAUAUUCGAGGAUCAAAGGCGAAGCUCAACUUCCCAAGGAAGCAUAUUCAGAAAAGGGGAGGGGUAGUAGGUUCAAAUCCUGUAGCAAUAGUAGGAGCAACGGCUAGGAUGGAAGCAGCAGAAGGGGAUGCAGGGGUGGAUGGUGGAGGAAUGGUUUUGGGAGAGCAGCAACUUGGUGCAGUAAGGCAGGAUAGGGAGGGCAGUAGUACUAGGAGCGGGGAAGGGAAAGGGAAGGAGGUAGGAUACAGUGAAGACUCUGUGGACGUGGGAUUGAUGGGAGAGCUUGUGGGUCAGACUUCGCAGCAGAGAGAGGGAAAAAUCAAGGAAGAAGCAGUGACAUUUUCUGUGCCUCAAACGUCGUUUGGAGAGGGAACGAGUAGGGGGUUGGUAGCAGCGAACAUCGGGGCGCCUCAAAGGUUGUCUGCAGUGGGAACAGCCCCGGAAGCUGCACCCACCAGCGGCAACCCAACGUUUAGAAGCGCUGCGAUGAAUCGGCACUUAUUUCAUCCGGAGAAGCUGCCAAGUGCUAUAGUAACUGGACAGGGGAUGCAGGGAUUCACUGCACUGGGAGCAGAUCUGGAACGGUUUGGUGGGUUGGGAUUGGAGGAGGUGGGAUUUGAGGGCUUGACGGAAGGAGAGAGGGAGUUGUUCUCUGAACUUGCGGAGCAGUUUGCUCAGCAGCUGGGGGGGAUUGAAGAAACCAAAGGGGGUGGAGGGAGUGGGGUUGGUACUGCGAAAGGCAAGGAGGCAGUGGACGAAUGGGAGGCAUCUCCAGGGGAAGAAAGCAGUGGGAGCCGAGAAACUAGUGACGGGGAAGGGGUGAUGGAGGAGGACGGUGCGAUGGAGGCGAAGAUGGGAAUGGAUGAGCAUUUGGCUGGCCUUGUUUCCCAUGAUAGUGGGGUGAAAAUGAUGGUGGGAGCGGGAGCCGUCCCGAUAGAUGUGGCAUCUGAUCAGCACUACCGACUGCCUUGCACCAAGGAUGCAGCUCACGACAGCAAUCGUCCGAAUCAAGGAUUGCCGAAGCAGAGAGGCGUAGGGAUGGAGAUGCAGCAGGGAGGCUACACUAUCUCUGCGGGCGAGAAUGGUAAUGGUAUCUACAUGACGGCAACGCAGCCAAGCCAGCCGACCAUGCCAGUUCAAGGAGCCAUGUCUGGAGCGUUGGAUCCAUCCUCCUCCCAAUUGCACCAGCCUGGUCAACAGGGUCAAUGGGGUCAACAGGGCCAGCAGGGACAACCGGCACAAUGGGGUCAACGGGGUCAACAGGGUCAACGGGGCCGAGGGGCAGGUGUGGUGGUAGGUGCAGCAGCAGUGGGUCCUUCCGGUCAUACAGUAGGGCCCUCAGAACUAGCAGACAGGCAGCAGGGUUUGGCAGCAGCGCAGCACGCACUGACAGGGGGACAGGCAGGGCAACAUGCGUUGUCUAGGCAGCAAAGAGCAGGGCAACAUGCAGUGAUUGGGGAUCAAGCGUUGGCAGCAGGGCAACGUGUGUUAGCUUGGGGGCAAACACCAAGGGUGCCAGUCCCCGCACAUUUAGUUACGCAAGCAUCAAGCGAACCACAAGCGGUUUCAUGGAGUUUCAGUGUCGAAGUGGCAGGGGGUGUGAUGGCGCAUGCUGAGCAUGGCUCUCUGCAGGAAGCAGAGGAGGCGAUGGAGAACCAACAGCAGCAGUGGCAGCAGCAGCAGCAGCAGCAGCAGCAGCAGCAGCAGCAGCAGCAGCAGCAGCAGCAGCAGCAGCAGCAGCAGCAGCAGCAGCAGCAGCUCAGUGGAGUGGGUGGUCUGAUCGGUCCAAGUCCUGCUGGUGUUGCUGGUGAUAUGGGUGUUGCUGGCCCAAUGGAUGGUGUAGCUGCUGCGGCUGCCAAUGUGCGUAGUGGUGCUGGCAGCAGUGGAGGGGACGUUGAAAUGCAGGAAGCUGCAACAGAGGGUCCCAGGCCCGCAUAUGAUGCUGGUGCUACUGCCGAGCCUAGCACAGGCCAGCUGUGUGCCACUCAGAAUAGUGCCGACCAGCAUUAUGCUACCCAGCCUUGUGCUGAGCAGUUGAAUUUCCAGCAGCCUAUCAUGGCAGACUUGACCCUUCCUCUGCCUCUCCCCUCAGCAGAUCCGUUGUUGCUCCUGAGAGAUGCUGAGCACUCUGCAUUUUCUCCCUGGCGCCUCAUCUCCCCACCUUCACACAUCGAGGGAGCACUCUUUCACAGGUUUGAGAAUCAUGCCUCUGCCGCCCCAGUCAUGGCGCCUUUGGGAGCAGCAGGUGCAGGUUUGGAGGGUGGGGGGCAGGCUACUGAUGGAGGAGGGUUGUUGAAUACAGAGGAUAGGGAUUUCGGACAUGUGGGGGCAAUCACCCCUGCUGGUGCUGGAAGCUACACUAUUGAUGCGCUAGAGAGGUUCUUGAUGGAUAAUGGGGAGCACAGGGAGUAA